AGGACAGGGAAAAAGACAGAGAGAAGAGGAGAGAAAGUUUGACAGGCAGAGAAUGAGACUAAGUUAGAACAGUCCAUGCAAAGCCAGUUUAAAACAUAUCAUAGACUUGUGGUCUUAUUGCUUCCUGAGGCUAGGACUCUGCUGGAUCAAAGCUGACCACAUUGCCCUCCUCCUCACCCUCUUCCUCUCACCUUGCUAACACCUCUUCCACCACAACACCAUGGAGGAGGUUACUAAGGUUGCAGAAUCCACGGUGGCCCCACAGCCUCUCCUGGAACGUCGGUUUAGACAGCGACAGCCUGCAGUUUCAGUCCUCAAAUCCAAGCUGAAGAAAGGUGUGACGUGCUCUGGGCCCCGAGUCCGGUCCACCUUGACUGGUUUCUUCCCUGUGGUGUGCUGGCUGCCUAAAUACAAGCUCAAAGAGUAUGUCUGGGGUGAUGUGAUGUCUGGGCUCAUCGUUGGUAUCAUCUUGGUACCGCAGGCCAUAGCAUAUUGCUUGCUGGCAGGAGUGGAGCCAAUCUAUGGUUUAUAUACCUCAUUUUAUGCCAAUAUCAUUUAUUUCCUCAUGGGUACAUCCAGACAUGUCUCUGUGGGGAUCUUCAGCCUCAUGAGCCUCAUGGUGGGACAGGUGGUGGACAAGGAGCUGUAUCUCGCCGGUUUUGAUCUCAAUGAAGACUCCAAAGCGUCUGGUCCUGAUGUGAUUAAUGACACAAUGGGCACAAAUCUUACAGCUGUGGAGCUGUUUGGUGUGCAGUGUGGGAAGGAGUGUUAUGCCAUUAGCAUCGCAGCUGCACUUACAUUCCUGGCUGGUGUCUACCAGGUCUUGAUGGCAGUAUUUCGACUGGGCUUUGUUUCUGUUUAUCUCUCAGCUCCCAUGCUUGAUGGUUUUGCAACAGGAGCCUCUUUCACCAUCCUGACUGUGCAGGCUAAAUACCUGUUGGGUCUAAAGAUUCCCCGUCACCAGGGAUAUGGCACAGUUGUUAUCACCUGGAUCAACAUCUUUAGAAACAUUCAUGACACUAACUUCUGUGACGUCAUCACCAGUGCCAUCUGUAUAUCAAUAUUAGUUGCAGGUAAAGAGAUCCAGGAGCGCUACAAAAAUCGUCUUAAGAUCCCUCUGCCUACCGAGCUAGUGGUAGUGGCAGGAGCUACGCUGGCCAGCCAUUUUGGUGACCUAAACAACCGCUACCUCUCUAGUGUCUCUGGUCACAUCCCCACUGGGUUCAUUCCUCCCCAAGUGCCCAGCUUUAGCCUGAUGCCACAAGUGGCCCUAGAUGCAAUUCCUCUAGCUGUCAUCAGUUUUGCCUUUACAGUGUCACUGUCCGAAAUGUUUGCCAAGAAAAAUGGCUACACAGUUCGCCCCAACCAGGAGAUGCUGGCCAUCGGCUUUUGUAACAUCAUCCCCUCCUUCUUUCACUGUUUCACCACCAGUGCAGCACUGGCAAAAACCAUGGUGAAGGAUUCAACAGGCUGUCAGACACAGGUCUCCAGUCUGAUCAGUGCCCUGGUUGUCCUGCUCGUCCUCCUCUUCUUUGCCCCUUACUUCUACUCUCUCCAGAAAUGUGUGCUUGCCUGCAUUAUUAUUGUCAGCCUUCGGGGGGCUCUGAGGAAGUUCAGGGAUGUCCCCUCUAAGUGGCGUGCCAGCCAAAACGAUGCCAUUGUUUGGCUUGUUACUAUGGCAGCCACAGCUCUGAUCAGUGUGGAGAUGGGUCUUCUUGUUGGAGUAGUUUUUUCAAUGAUUUGUGUCAUCUACAAGACCCAGAAUCCUAAGGUCUCUCUCUUGGGCCGAGCCAAUGACACUGAUCUUUAUGAGGACAUAGAAGAGUAUAAGAACCUCCUGCCACCACCUCGGAUAAAAGUCUUUCGCUUCCAGUCUCCACUGUAUUACGCCAACAAGGACACAUUCCUCAAAUCCCUGUACAAAGCUGUCGGAGUGGAACCUUUCUUGGAGAUGACUAAGAGGAAAAAGGCAGAGAAGAAGGCUGAAGUGAUGUCCUUUAAACAAGCCAAGGCAAAUGGAGAUACAAACAAUGGAGAGGUCAUUGUUGGACUUGUUCAGAGAGAGCUAGAUUUUCACACUAUAGUUUUAGACUGCUCAGCCAUCCCCUUCAUAGACUCCACAGGCAUGGCCACAUUUAAAAUGCUGGUCAGAGAAUACAAAGACAUCAGAGUCAGCGUACUCCUGGCAAACUGUAACACUUCAGUCACAGAUAUCUUACAGAAAGGACUUUUUUUUGGGAACAAUGACGAAGAUAUGAGCGGCUUACUGUUUCAUACAGUACAUGCAGCAGUUCUUCAUGCAAACAGUAUGUUUGCAGUGGCAGAAAACAGGUCAGAUGACUCUGUGGUGUAGAACAGCUUAAAGAGGAGAGGGAAUGGUGAAUUGUAAUUCUAAAAAAGCCACCUGGAAAAGCCGUAUUUGAAAAAUUUGAGGCUGCUUUUUUUCCAAGUUCUGUCCAGCACAGCUACCAUAUGGCAAUGUUUUAUGCUUUACAUCCAAAAUGACCAAACCACAUAAUACACAAUUGAAUGAAUUGACAAAUAAGCACUCUUAGAAGCAGUCAGCUUUCAACAAAUAUAGCUUUCAUAGUUAAAAAGUCACAAUCAGUACUAUUAUUUCUGAAAGAGGUGCCUUAUAAUGGGCAAACUGAGUCAAAAUUAAGGUAAAUUUAUUUUUGUUUGAAAGGAGAGUAUCCUUAAAGAAGCAAAGUGCCUUUUAAAUCUUGUAUUUUCAUGUCAGUUAAAACUUCGUGGCAAGGCUGUUUUUCAGAUUUUCAUUACUUCAUUCACAUCACCGUCCCUGACGUGGAUUACACUGCCACCAAUGCAAGCAAAGAGGACUGUUUUUUUGUUCUCUGUUUGUUUUCACCUCAAAAGGGUUAAAAGCCAGCUUUUUUCUUUUGCUAGGGUCGACUGAAGACCAGUCCAUGCAACUGGCUGAUUUAUUGGUAAGCCUCCUCACACCACUAAAAAAGAAAAACCUGUAUCUCCUGCAGAAGGGACAAUUCUGGGACUCUUUUGGCUAUCUAGUUGCAACAUUCAUAGACAUGAGUACUGAUGAGGUGUUCUAGAUGAAAGAUAUCCUUUAGGACUGGUGUCCAUAGCUGGCACCUUUAGCCCUGGCAGUGCUCACAACCUCAGUUUUAGAGCACUUCUGAGGGAGUUUUUUAUUGCUAAGUCAUACAAGAUGACCUCUGGUUUCCUCUGUAGAAUCAGUAAUGUCAUUUUUAGAUAGCUCAAUAUGCAUCAUAUUCCUUUUUUCUAUGAAAUUUCACCAAAAAAGCACAAAAACAAAUGUAAGGGAAUCCUGACCUGGAAACUUAAACCAUAAAAAGACAAGCCAGAACAGUUUCAUUUCCUCCAUUAUCAGAAGUUCUGCACCACCUUGGGUUUUUUUUUUCUGCUCAGGGCACUGAGUCCUGAAAAUCCUGAACUACAUUAGCUUUGUAUUGAAAAUGAGCACUGCCAGAGCGAAAACAGCAACUGUGGCAGCACAUGUAUAGUCAUGUAAAUUUUGGUUAACCCUAUGGUUACAUUAGAGACACAUUUAUUGCACCUAUUUGCUACAUGUUUGUUAUUUUGUGGCUCUAGGUCUGUGGUAGGUCCUCUGAAUUUCAAACAAACUGGGCCAGCUUUGGUCACUUUUAUUUUCUUUCUGUUUCUUGCCCCAGAUAACUUCCUGGCUGGACACAGGUAUAGGCAUGGCUGAAAGAAAAGAAGGAAGGAAAUGAGCACACCCAGGGUUUUCUGUUCUGCAGAAUAUAUUUUUUAAUCAUCUUAGGCAUCAAAAGACUUUUCAGGGACUCAGCACUGAAUAUCAGUGAGUACAUUAGUGCACAGCAAACACUGUGUUGUAUAUUUCCUCUAGAGGCCUACAAACUUGUGUAUUUACUAGAGGUCACAACUAAACUCUUCUUAACUCAAUAAAGAACCGUGUUCCUGUAGGCCUACUCUCAUCCUUAUCCCUGGUGAUAAAGCAAUGCUAGUUUAUCUAGUCUGUAACAGAAUAGAAAUAAGCAAGGAUUUUAACAUGUCUGAGAUCUCCCCCCAGGUGCUCCUGUAUAUGUUUUGUAUGUGUAUGUGUGUUAACAGAUGGCAGAAGGUAAUGUCAAAAGUCUCCACUUCACUGUCUCUGAUUGGUUAAAACUUUUUUGUUCCUUGCAGAUUGAGUGUGGGUUUGGUCUCUGAUAUAAGUUAUGUUUUUGUCUUUCUGUUAUGACCCAAGUUGUAUACUUAGAUUAAAACUAGUAUAACUUCCAGAGCCUAGUCUAAUUGUAAAGGGAAGUUGUACUUAAAAAGGAGCUAUUUUUACUUUUUUGUUCACUUUUAUCAUGUCAGAAAACAAAUGCUGAGAAACUGGUGAAGAUGUAGACAUUCUUGUAUAUAUACAAAAUAAUCUUGCAUUGCAAUGCAUUUUUCAUACAUGUUUGUCACCAGUGUUUAAACGUAGUAUCAAUUUAAUCUAGAUUGUAUCACUUGUUUUAUAAAGGCCUAUUUUAACCCCAUUUUGAUGUACUGACAUUGACUACUGCAUACAAACCCUGCCUUAU